AUGAAGCGUUUGAUAUUUGUUAUCCUCUUCUUGCAUUCGGUGAUUGCUUCACCUCGAUUAAAUCUUUAUCGUACUGAUGAUGCAUAUCUACAACAUCAUUGCCUAUAUUUCGAUCAGAGUAAAGAUCAAUGGUCUCGUGACAUCAUUCCGUAUUGUCUGAGUGAACCGACAUCAACUUGGCAGAUUGAACAGACAAGCUAUCAUUCAAUAUCCACGUUCAACGAACUCAAACAAAGAAACAUUACAAGUCAACAACUGUAUCAAUGGUCCGCACCGAUUGAUGUCAUUGAACGCUAUCAACUGUAUCUAAACGAUGGGGAUGUUUAUAUUAUACUCAGCUCAGAAGUGUUUUAUAAUUGUACGUCGCCCUCAUUUGGUCCCUUUUGCCAAUAUCAAUUGGAAAACUAUGAUCCCAGAUUGACAUUAAACGAGUUUCUUCGUUUGCAUUAUCAUUCACGUUCGAAAGCAGCGGCAUCCUCAACAUGCUACACUCAUUUGCUUUGCAACCGCGGUCUGCAAUCGAUCUGUCUCGAUUGGAGUGAAGUGUGUGACGGAAAAGUUGAUUGUGAAAAUGGAAGUGACGAAGAAAACUGUUCACCAUUGAUCAAUAAUCGAUGCAAAGAAGGCGAAUUUCGAUGUAACAAUGGACAAUGUAUCCCAUUGAGAUUUACUACAGAUAGUAACAGUUAUGAAUGUCUUGAUCGAUCUGAUUCUGUUCUACGAAGUUCCGUCUCGAAUGAAAAUCAUGCACCGACUAUUACAAAUGAAGAUAUCAUUUGCCCAUGGCAUGAACGCGAUACGAGUCAAUUUUUACAUCCUUUAACGAGCUCAUGUCAAUAUUCACGUUAUGAAAAGAUUGACAACGCAAUACAUAGCGAGGAACCAGGUUUUCUCAACUCUGAUUGCUUUCUCGCAAUUCGUUGUCACUUCAAAUUUUCUCCCUACAACCGAACAUUGUGUUCAGGUAUGUGUCGAAAUAACGGAUGUAUUGAACUUAUAAACACUAUGUGUCCGGGUAUUUUCUUCUAUCCAACUACCCCAGUCGCUUUUGGUCACGUUUAUUUUGCUUAUUCAAUCGAAUACACAAUCAAUUCGACAAGCAUGAGAGAAGUUCCGCCUGAAUACAUUUGUUACGAUCACAAAAAAUGCGGCGAAUUUGGUUCAAAUGCUACUUUACUACCAUUUGAACGAAUGGCAUGUCGUCGUCCAGAAGAUUUUCCAAUAAGAGUACAUUUUAACGGUGACGACUGGUAUUCAAGUUAUGUGGAGCAAAUAUAUCGACUACUCGGUCAUUGCAAUCCAUUAUUGAACAGCAACUCUAAUUGUAACGGCCCAUUCAUGUAUCAAUGUAUAAAUUCGUCGAAAUGUAUACCCAAAUUCUACAUAGGCGACGGUAUUCGAGAUUGUGAUUACGCAGAUGACGAAGAGCAAGAUACAGUCAAUAAAGCAUGUAUUAUGGACGACAACAAUGGUGUGUUUUUCCAAUGUCGAACAAAAAGUAAAUGUAUUCAUCGAAGUCGAAUCGAAAAUGGAUUUUGCGAUUGUGGAUAUGAUGAAGAUGGCUUCUGUGAUGAUGAAGAUUUAAAAUCCAAUCAAAAGAGAUCAGAAAUUCAAUUUUCUACCAUAUGUGAUCGAUCACUUGAUCUCACACCUGUUUCAAUCAAUGGACAGAUUCAUACAGACGAAACGGAUUGUGCGCAGUGGGUGUGUAAUAAUACAUAUACUCGGUGUGAUGGUUUUUGGAGCUGUUUGAAUGGUGCUGAUGAAGUCGAUUGUAAUCCAUCGGCACUUAUUCCAUGUCCACCACAUCAUCAUCUAUGCAUUUCGUCACGUACACAUCAGUUGCUAUGUUUACCUCUCGAAAAAGCAAACGAUGAUAACCUUGACUGUGUUGGUGGUAUGGACGAACCGUUACUUUGUCCAAUUAGAAAUCGUUAUCGAGAAUCAAGAAAAUUCUAUUGUCAAAAUGGUGGUGGCAGCAUCUGUUUAUCAUGGAACGCUAUCUGCGAUGGAAUAAAGAAUUGUGAAAAUGGGGAUGAUGAAGAGUUUUGCAAUUCAUCUAUGAUCGGAAUCUUUGGAAACGCUGAAAAGCAUUUCAAAACUGAGACGAAAACAAAGAGUGCCCAACGAUUUUUAGGAGAUGAUUAUUGCCAUCGAGGUAUUCCCGUACGAGUUAUGUUGAACAGUCAUCGAAACUUAACUGCAAGAACAUGCCUUUGUCCUCCAUCUUAUUAUGGGGAUCGUUGUCAAUAUCAAAGUCAACGUGUUGCAUUAACGAUGGAAAUCAGUGCACCGUUGGAAUCUCGACGCACAUUAUUUGUAUUGCUUAUUUCAUUAAUUGAUGAUAGUGAUGAAUCUAUUGUUCAUUCAUACGAAAAAAUGACUUAUUUACCGGUGCAAGACGAAUUUGUCAAAUACAAUCGUUAUUUACUUUAUGCAAGUCAACCUAAAGAUACUCGAAAACGUUACUCGAUACAGAUUAAGAUCUAUGAAAUGUAUUCAUUACUGUAUCGAGGAAGUAUGCUCGUACCGUUGCAAUUUCCAUUCUUGCCCGUAGAACGUGUGGCCAUCCAAGUAAAUAUUCCGUCUUUAUAUGACAUCAAUCAACAGCAUACGAAUAAUCAAUGUAUUUAUGGGCAAUACUUUCAAUACUCAGGUAACUCACAAACGAAAGGUUUUUGCGAAUGUAACCCUGGUUGGACUGGAAAGUAUUGUCAUAUUCCAUACACAUGCACAUGUUCGCUAGAUUCCAUAUGUGCUGGUAUUGAUGCUAACAAUCGAUCGAUUUGUGUAUGCCGCAAUGAUAGAUUUGGCUCUGAAUGCUUAUUAACAAAUACUGCAUGUCAGAGGAAUCCAUGCUUGAAUGGUGGUGUCUGUAUAUCGUCUGAAGAAUAUAUCACAUCUCGUUCAGCAUAUGUAUGCAUCUGUAAAAAGGGAUACAAUGGAAAACACUGUGAAGAAGCAGAUAGUAAAGUAACUGUCCUGUUUCCUAAUAACUUCGAGCUGUCUGUACAAUCUUCAGUUAUGUUUCACUUUAUCAAUUUUGUUAAUCGUAAUUUACACGUUCAUCAUAAAAGUCCAGCACAGUUGUGCAACAACACCAUGGCAGUUACGAAUUACUGGUCACAUCCAUUCAAUACAGUUUUCAUUCAACUGUCAACAAGUGAAUAUUAUUUCAUUUUAAAUGAACAGAUGGAUUCUCCAUCUACGCUGGUUCGACAGUUGAGUCUGACGAAUCGUUGUCCUUCUAUAACCGAAAUAUUUCCUUCCACUAUCAUCGAAAUGCCUCGUAUUCAACGUAUUAAACAUUAUCAUGUACCAUGUUGGAAUCGAACAGCAAACAUCUCAUGUUUCUAUGACGAGAGUUUUAUGUGUUUAUGUGGAAACCUAGCUGAACAACGUUUAGCAAAUUGUUUUGAUUUUAAUCAUCGAAUGAAAAUUAACGAUUUAGCUCUACAUCACAAUCAAAUUCCAAUUCAUUGUGAAUCAGACUCUGUAUUCAGUACAACAACUUCAACUACACGGUCGACAACCACAACAAGAGAUAAUGGCGCGUAUUCUAUUUAUACUUGCCAAUCUCUUCUAUACUUUUUUAUUUCAAUAUUUUACUAUCAUAUCCUUUAUAUACAGUAA